UGUCAUGACCUGUUGUGAAUCCUGUCAUGCCUGUAAACAUUUGGGAGGCUUAUCAGUUCGAGAGAUGUCCGUUCUUUGUCAGCUUCGAAGCUGAUUAACUGUUGUUUCCCCAAAUGGUCUAUGGAUAUCUUUUGAAAGGAAGCUGGAUUUUUAAAAAUUAAUAUUCUGAGUUUUCAAUUAUUGUCCGCGGAGCAGCUUUGAGUUGUUCCUUGGUUUCCUUGCGAUGUAUCCUAGCUCUAGACAGCGGCCCGAGGGCUAGUUUUUGGAAACUGUGAUGGGGACUUGCGCCUAUUUGUGGGCCUACUAUAAAUAGUGUUACACUGGCAGCGCGUGCUCAUGCUUGAUUGACAGUUGCAGAGCUUUGCGCCGGGAGAGCAGGCUAACUCAAAGGAACAACCAGAAACACAUGAAUGGUGGCUGUCAGAACAGCACGGGAUACUGCACAUCUGAACUUGGAUUGUGAGAAAAAGCUAGACUGAACCUUUAUUUUAGUUGAGCGGAAAGACAUCAGACAGCCGCCGUGAGAAUACUUUUUGCGUUUCUCUUGCGACCCGUGAUUUGUGGUACUACCUGCACCGUGGAAAAUGAGCUUCCGAAGGCCGAUGACUCGCUCUUUCUCUGGAAACGGGAGGUCCGUCAGCAUAAAUGAGGAAGAUGUUCCCCCACCGAGCGCCAGAGUCGACAGCCGAAACUAUCUGCAUAAUGUCAGGCCGGAGAACAGCUACACCAGUCACAGGUAUUCUUGCUACAAGCCAUCGAGGAGCACACUCUGCAGUGUGAUGGCACAGCUGACGGAAGAGACACAGCCAGCGUUUGAGACCACCUUGAAAUCCAGGGCGGUGUCUGAGGACUCCAAUGUCAAGUUCAGCUGUGUGGUUACAGGGUACCCAGUUCCUGAACUGACCUGGUACAAAGACGAUAUGGAGAUGGAUCGAUAUUGCGGCCUCCCCAAAUACGAAAUAUUCCGCAAUGGAAACACCCACACACUGCACAUUUAUAAUUGCACUGUAGAAGAUGCAGCCAUCUACCAGGCCUCCGCCCGCAACAGCAAGGGCAUUGUGUCCUGCUCAGGGGUGCUAGAGGUGGGCACCAUGAACGAGUACAAGAUCCACCAGCGGUUCUUCGCCAAGCUGAAGCAGAAGGCCAGCCUCAAGAAGAAGGAGCUGGAGGAGAGCCGCAGGAAGGGGAAGGAGAACGUGCUGGCCCCGCUGGAGCAGCUGCGGACCAUCAGCCCGGAGCGCCCACAGAGGAAGCGCAGGUCUCCCGGCGAGGCGGGGCUCCGCUCGCCCUCCACUCCGCACGACGGGGAGGCCGAGGCCAAGAAGAGCGCCCAGGAGGAUGAGGCAGAGGCCAGGCUGCGCGAGGGCGUCGCAGAGAGCGGGGCGGAGCUGUUGGCGGCCGCACCGGAGAUUCCCAACGGGUUUCCCGCCGACCCCAGGAGCACGCCCGGCUCAGAGGCACAGCAGGAGGCUGCGCAAGAGAACGGCAGUGAGGGCCCCACAUACAUCUACGAGAUGGUGGAGAUAGUCACCACCAGACGUCCGCCAAAAGAUCCCCUUGCCAAAAAGAGGCCAAAGAUCUCCAAUGGGGUGGACGGUGGGAAGGGUGGAGGCAGUGCGGAGCAAGGUUCGGGAGGCGAGAGUGAAGCCAGGACUGAGGGAGGGAUGAGUCUGGCGCAGUAUCUCACCGAGUCCUCACAGUUUGAGGUCUCCAAGGACAAGCAGAACCCACCAGAGGAGGUCAUGGAAGUGGACACUACGGUCAACCAAGUACCUGCAGGGAAAGAGACAGCAGACAGACAAACAGAGUCCUUGGGACAGGUGGUUCAGAGCUCUGCUGUUCCGGAGGUAAAAGCAGAGGUGCAGCCAACUGCAAGCAAAGAACUGGAGCCACCACACAGCCAAACCCCCCUCUCCUCUGUCUUCUUUUCUCUCAGGGACAUGUUCUUUGGAAGUAAGAAUAAUAAAGAUAGGGGCAACAAAGCUGAGGACACCCCAGAAAUGGCACACGAUCCUCCAGCCUUCUCAUCAGAGCCUCAGCCCUACCCACAGACACAUCAGUGGGAGAGGGAAGACCAGACUGAGGACUUCAAUUCUAUGGAAGAAACCACGCAAAUGCAAGCGGAGGAGAAGCUUACUGCAGGUGACGCACGAUUAAGCAUUUCUCCACCAUAUUUUAAAACUAAGGAGCAGUCAGACACUGCCAGGAUGCAGGAAGGACAGGGCUUGAAGGAACACGUCCAGGGGGAUACAGUUACAAAGAGCAUGGAACCUGGGGAGGGCAAGGCAGUGAUGUCUCGUCUCCUGCACGAACCGGGCGGGGGUGAGGUGGGUGCAGACAAAACGAGAGGCUUCCUGGAGAUGACCUGCGAGACCCCGCCCCGACCGUCACCACUUUGUGAGGAUGCAGAAGAACAUAUGCAGACAGAGAGGAAUGAGGCACCCCUUGGGCAGGACAUGGUCGCACCCCUGAGUGAGGUGGGAGUACCAGAAAUGUUUACAUCUGCUGGAGAGCAUGCCACCACAGAUGCCAGUGAAAUGAACACCGUGCACAGCCAUGGCCAGACUGCCCCCGGAGCACUGACACAUGGCACACAGCCUCAUUCCGGGGAAUCGGGUGACACCUCCACGAAAACCGAGACCGGUCCACAGAAGUGGGGUCUCGAAAUCGCGGGGAACAGGGACAGCGCUCCUGAGGGUUUCAGCCUUGGCUCCGUUGGGAUAGCUCAGGAUUUGGUGAAGCAGAAGGAUGAGCAAGUAAAAGAGAGUGUUGAGGAAAGUGAACAUGGCAGCUUCUGGAAAACCCAGGCUGACUCUACUGCCUUAGCAGAGGAGAGAGUUUUAGUAGAAGAACAAGAGAGGGCAGAUAGUGGAGCUCGGAAAGUAGAAACUGAAAGUAUUUUGAAGACACAAGGAGAAGGGGAGGAAGAUGCUGUUCACUGGUCAACUGGUGAAUCUGUGGGUGUAGAAUUAAAACCUCCAGAUGUUUUGCAACAGGAAGCAGCUCUGGUGGGCAUACCAGAGGUGAGGGUUCUAGAAUCCAGAAUCACAGAUGUUCCAGAAGAAACAGUAAUCAGCAUUCCAAAGACAGAAGUUUUGGAAUCACCAGCCAAAGAUAUCAUACAACUGCCACCAUCUUUAGUAGACAAUAUACCUGCCUCUGAGCAGUCUGGUUCCGUCUCAAGCUUAUCGAUUGCCGUAAGGGAUACAGACCUCAUUCCAGCGGCUAUUCCUGCUACAGUAACACAGCAAGUUCAAGAAGCAGGAACAUUCAAUCAAAAGGCCACAGAGGGAAACCUCAGUGACCAUCACAUAGAGAUAAGCACAGCUCCAAUUCCAAUAAUAAAUGUAUGUCUCACAGGAGACAGUGCUCUCUCGUAUGAUACUGAAACCAAUGAUACUAAACCUCCUAGUAUUAUUAUGCCUUCAGUGGAGGCACAGCCCAAAGGGCCUGCUUUUGUGGUUCCUCCUAUCUCUGUCACAUGUGCAGAUAGCCCUCCUGAGAAUCAGCCUUCUAAAGAUGAGAUCAAGGAGAUGGAAUUAUCAGUCACUUUGGCUCAAGCAGUCAAGAAUGAGCAAGAUGUUGAGGUCAGCCUCCAAGCCCCUGAAGGAGAAGUUGUAGAGAAGAUCGUAGGUGACAAAGAAUCAGGCAUGACAGACAGUACCAUGGUUGUGUCCAGAGAACCAGGCAAAGAAAAGCAACCAAAAGAGACCCAGACCUUUGUGGAUCAGCUCCAGAAAGACAAGCCCAGCAUUGAGAAUCUCGGCUUUAUGAGCCCAGAGGUCCCCAUGCUGAGUCCCACAACUUUGCGGAGGUUUGCAUCAAAAGGCGUGCCUGGUUUGGAAGCUCCUCUGGUGGCAGUGCCUGCCAUUCUUGUGGACAGCGCCCUGUCAGGAGAGAAGAGGUCCAAGGAAGGGACUGGGGUGGACACCCCGCCAUCCGUGCCAUCAUGCGAGAGCAGCCCCAAACUGAAGAGGAGGGACAGCCUGACCCCCAUUCCUUCUGCUACCCCGGAGGAGCUGGCCUCUGGGGCCCGCCGCAAAAUCUUCAUCCCCAAAUCAAAAGGAGAGGGAGGCGAGGGGGCGGAGAAGGAGGAGGCGGCAAACAGGAAGACAAUUUCUCCCCAGCAGGAGGCCCCUUACCUGUCACCUGGCCAGUCCCGCAGGGCAGCUCUCCUGCAGCCAUCCGCUGGGCAACAGACCCCACCCACUGAGAGACGCUCGCCCCUUCUCGGCCGCAAGAAGGCCACUCUGGAAGUCCCCAAACGCCCAGAGGAGGUGCUAGAAGACGUGGAGACCUCAAAACCCAACCUCAAGCCGGCAGAGGAGAAGACGCUAAACCCUUUCAAAGCUCCUCAGGUUAUACGAAAGAUUAGGGGAGAGCCCUUCCCGGAUGCAGUGGGACACUUGAAGCUCUGGUGCCAGUUCUUCAAUGUGCUCAGUGACUCCACGAUCAAGUGGUGCCGAGAUGAAGUUGAGAUCGCGGAGGUGAAGAGGAGUGCCGGAGACGAGAGUCAGGUGGCGCUGGCCCUCGUCCAGACGUCAAGCCGAGACUGCGGUGUGUACUCCUGCUCUAUCAAGAACGAAUAUGGGACCGACAUGACCGACUUCUUACUCAGCGCAGACAUAUUGUCCGAGUUCCUUCUGAGAGAGGAUUUGGAGGUGGGAGAGGAGAUUGAGAUGACCCCGAUGGUCUUCACCAAGGGCCUUGCGGACCCUGGCAACUGGGGGAACAAGCUUUUCGGGCGCAUAAUGACAGAGGAGGCGCACAUUGGGGAGGGCUGCAACCGCAAAGCCUGCAGGAUGAAGGUCAUCUACGGCCUGGAGCCCAUCUUCGAGUCUGGCACCACCUGCAUCGCUAAGGUGCGCAACCCCAUUGCCUACGGCAUCAAAGACGAAAACAACCUGGCUGAGAGGAACCUGGAGAUCACCAAGCAGGACUGUAAAAUACAGAAUACAGUGCGUGAGUACUGCAAAGUCUUCUCUGCUGAGGCGAGGGUGAUCGAGAACUUUGGCCCUGCACUAGAAGUGACUCCACUGUACCUAAUGUACCGGCCAGCAAACACCAUCCCUUAUGCCACAGUGGAGGCUGACCUAAACGGGGUCUUCCUGAAGUACUGCCUGAUAGACUCCACUGGGAGGCUGGUCAUGAGGACUGGGUCUGAGGUGGAGCAGAAGUGUUGCACCUUCCAGCACUGGAUCCACCAGUGGACCAAUGGAAACCUGUUGGUCACUCAUCUGGAAGGAGUUGGCAUGAAGAUCACAAACAUUGGAAUUGCCACCAAAUCAAAGGGGUACCAGGGCCUCUCAGAGGCUGGCACUCCAAAGGUGUUUGAGCAGUUUGCUACCCAGCACCAGUGUAACUACUACUGCGGCCUCCUGGGCCUGCGGAUCCUCAAGUCCAUGGACUCCCUGCAGCAGCCGGCCAAGAUGAAGGGCUCCAGGAGCCCCCUGCUCAACCGGAAGACAGCCCCAGGAUCGUCCAGCCCACAGCUGCAGAAGAAGGGGGUCCACAGCCCCCAGACUGUCCGCAAGGCCGGCUCCAGCCCCAAGGUGUCCAGGAAAGCCUCGGAAUCGGGGGACACCAAAUCUGCCCCCAAACAGAAAGCUGUGGAGACUCCCAAAGCAGGGGAGACGAGCUAGAGCGAGCGCUUCAGGAGGGGGGCAAGUCGACGUCAAAAAACCGGCCACAUUCUUUCUCUCUCCCUCUUAACCAUGUGGUCGACUGGACCAAUCAAUUUCCCCAGUCUGAUGACGUCCUUUCCCAACAUAGCUGGGUGUGAGCUGAGAUCCUGUCCCUGUGGAAGGGGUGGCAUUUCCUCCACAUUGAGAAAGACAUGGAAACCCAACACUUGUGCCUUGAGGUUUUAUAGAUAAAGGUUAUUUACUGUUCCAGGUUACCAAUGAUUACCUGCAUUAUCAUUUCUUUGCCAAGUGCCCACCUUUACUACGUAAAAGGCUUGCAGCUUUUAUUCUUUGCACGUUCUGUUGAGUUUUAAUACAGCUGGAUUGUUACUGGAGGAACUUAAGUAAAGAAUAGGCUCUCACUUUAUUCUAAGAGUCCACUUAUUAUGUUAGACAACCAUUGGUAAAUACAACACUAUCUAUUGAGCAUGGCUUAUUUUUCAAACAAGCAAGCCGAUAAUGAGCAGGUUGGAAAUUAGUUACAAAAUUAGUAUAAAACAACAGUGAAAACAUUAACUACAUAAUAAGUAGUAAUAUA